AUGGUGUCCGGCAAGCAGCUGGCGGAUUUCGGCUACAAGGCCUUCUCCAGCUCCAUGCUGCUGCUGACGGUCUACGGCGGGUACCUGUGCGGCGUCCGCGCGUACCACCUCCUGCAGCGCCGCCGGGAGCGGCAGAAUGCGGCCGGCCCCGAGAGCUGAGGGGGGGGCUGGGGCCCCAUCCCACCUGGAGGGGAGCAGCGACCCCCCCACCCCCGGUUCCCCCAGCCUGGGGGAAGGGAGGUCCGGCCCCGAGAGCUGAGGGGGGGCUGGGACCCUGUCCCACCUAGGGGGGAACAGGGACACCCCCCCCCCCCCCCCGACUCCCCCAGGCUGGGGGAAGGGAGGUGGGGCCCCAUCCCACCUCGGGGGAACAGGGCCCUGUCCCCCCCUCGGCUCCCCCAGGCUGGGGGAAAGGAGGUCCAGCCCUGAGAGCUGAGGGGGGCUUGGGGACCCCUCCCUAGCUCCCCCAGGCUGGAGGAAGGGAGAUGGGGCCCCAUCCCACCUCUGGGGGAGCAGGGACCCCCCACCGGCUCCCCCAGGCAGGGGGAAGGGAUGUGGAGCGCAAUAAAAACAAUGUGAAAACA